UGUGUUUAUACUCUAGUACUUGGAGAUAAUGGCUGAUCCGCUCGCCAACGUACCGGAGGUGCCCUCCGUGGAUGCCGCGAAAGCAAAGGAGCUCGUGGAAGUCAAAAAGUUUGCGUUCUUGGACGUUCGCACUGUUGAAGAGUAUGAAAAGGGUCACGUCGCGGGAUCCGUCAAUGUUCCAUACCUGUUCUUCAAGGAGGAUGGCAGUAAGGAGCUGAACCCGGAGUUCUUGGAGAAGGCCACAGCUGCACUGCCCGAUCCCCACGCAGAUAUUGUUGUCUCUUGCCAGAUGGGGAGGCGUGGCGCUCUGGCAACAAAGGCUCUCCAGGAUGCUAAGUACACAAGUGUUGUCAAUCUUGACAAGGGGCUGAGCACCUGGACUUGCCCUUUGCAGAAGUAGCACAAUCCAGGACAGCUGGCAUUAUGAUCACUCAGAGCAGCAGCUAUUGCUAGCAUUCAGCAUGUCCUUGAUAACUCCUGCCCAGGUAUCCUGCAGCAGUAAUGCUCCUUGUCAGGAUCUGAGAGCCAGCAGCAAGGUUAGUGAUAUCCCACUCUUGGGACAUUUCAAGUCUUGGGGGUGCCUUCAUCCGAUGGGCGGCAUAGCCACAUUAGGGAGCUAGUUGGCGCUUUUAUCCUCAGAUUAAUUAUUGUUUUGGGACUGCUUGGCAAGCAUUUGAAGCACUCGUGUUGAUGAACGCGGCAUGCACCGGCCAGGUUGGAAAUAAAUCCAUCGUGCUAUUGUUUGCAAAUUUUAAAGUGCACACAUUGUGCUUUCAAAGUUUGAGGUUGGUUGCAAAGUGAUGAGGGUUGUAAAUGUGUGCACAGUUAAGUACUGUGGUAGUUCACAAUGCGGGGGAUGGUGUGUUCAUCAAGUUCUCAAGACACCAGCUCAGCUAAAUCCAUGAAGUUGCAGGCUAGAGGUGUUUAAGUUGUAGGUAAAAUUCAUGGCCAUGAGAUUGUUUAAGAACUGUUUUGGGUGGUUACCGUUGUGGUUUGCUCGCAUUCUCAGCUCACCCUUCAUUCAUGAUCAUCUUCAUGAAGUGCGCACAUUGUAAUGUGAAUUGGUGGC